GGAUAAUCGAGCUUCAUACGUACGCGGUGUGUUCACCUUUGAACAUAAUCAACCUCAACUUUACAACUUUACAACUACGGCCGUGAAUUCGUGCAUAUCCAUUUCAAGCACGGACAUCUACCUUUUAAGGCGUUACUUAACUUUGGCCAAGACCUUGCAAGUUGGGCACCGAUUGCCCUUCAUGGGGCUAUUUAACAGUUUUUCUUUUUCAUGCAUGCAUAUUUUGCGGAUGUGGUUGGAGUAAGACAUUGGAGAAAAGACAAUAAUAAACAAACUAUCGCCUAAUCCUGAGUUACUAAAUGAUACUCUGCCAUGGAUGCAUUCCUAGCCAAGCUAUCCUACCACGCCACCAACUACGCUAUUAGGUCUUGUUUCGCUCUGACUUCUACCUAUGUCAUCCAGCAAGGUUCAAGAUUACUAAAGACCGUUGAUGACGAUCCUCUACGGGCUGAGUUGAGCCAUCUACAACGACGGUUGGCUCGCAAGAUCGAGCUCAUCUCCCCUAUACUCGAGUCUAUCGAGUUUCGUUUUGCUAGAGGAAACUCAACUUUAGAGGCCGUAGUGCAGACAGCACAAGAACUACGAGCCAAUGUUGACUUACUUGGAAAACGUCUUGAAGCUGCUGCCUUAGCAGACCAAUCUCACCAAAAUGGAAAAGCAAAGGGCCCCGCUGCUACUGCUUCUGUGCGUCGUAUCGAAGUCAAGAGCAUCAUCACAGACAUCAAACAACUAAUUGAAGACAUUGAUGAUUCCAUACCUCUCAUCAAUCUUUGGGUGUCUGCAAUCGGGGGUAUCCAAACCCAACACUCGGCUUUUUCCCCCUCCCGUUUAUUACAGGCUAGCAUGCUUGUGAAUGUCGGCGAUACUCAGUACAUUCUCAACCCGGGCAGGCCCAUGCAGAUCGGCCCAGACUUUAUGCUGUCUAUCUACAUGUUAUUUCGUGCCCAUGCUUCUCCUGAAGACACGAUAGAGCCGUACGGCAUAGAAGAGGGCCAGCGUAAGCCGGUAUGGCAGGAAGUGAUCCACAAAGCCCGAGUCCGGCUCCGUAGGAUACCACUCGAGGAUAAUGUCCCUGGAAUGAACAACAACAUAGAGCAUAACACAUCUUAUGUAAGUUAUGCGUACCAACUUCAAAUUGUGGAGGACUUAGAUGACGGACGUGUCCACACAAUCGAGGACGGCUGUGCCCGGCCAAGUUCUUACGAGGGUGUCCCCAAUGCUGGUAUACGAGAAUUUAUCCCGGUCCACCAGAUUUCAAAGAUGUUCUACGCGGACGUUGGGAGGAUUUUGAACAUAAAUAACGAAGAUGGCGCCUCGAGUAGUCCCGUAUUAUUGCUUAAAAGGGACGUGAAGGCUAUACCUCCGAAUCACGGGCAGCGAACCGAUAUAUUUCGGGAGGACCAACAACAGUUAAUCGAAGGCCUAGACGAGAGUAUCAUAUCCGACGGCACUUUAGAGGGCGAUUCUCAGGAUGAAAUAGACCGUCAACUUCGCCAGGAAAUCGUGGUCACUAAGGCUGCUAUACGGACAGCACAUAAACUUCAAUCAGAGACACCCACUAAUUCUUGGAGGCUUCCACAGGACCUUGACCCUGCAUGGAUAGCUCUAGAAGUUUUUGAGAUGGACGACGACGACGAUGACGAUGGUACAACGGAUGAUGAGGACGACCAUACGCCCGAAGAAGAUGAAGAAUAUAGAACAGAAAAAGACCAACAUUCAAACUCCAACAUCCCCCGCCGGUUGAAAAACAGCACGCGCCCAUCCGCCGAUUCAAAUCUAGUAACCCAGCUCAGCCGGAUGAGCAUAGCCUCCACACCCUCACGGUCGUCCUCCAGGAACUCAGGCGGCACACUUAUCCCCGACAACAGGAAAUUCGACGAAGACCUACUCGAACGCUCACCCUUCGGCGCCAUCCACACCUCCCUCUCGCUCCUCGAAAUGAUGCUCCGCCUGACAAGCCUACAGGAGUUCGAGCAGACCACACACCUUGCCAUUCCAGACCACGUACUAAAAUUCUACCUUGACGAGUCGGUCUCGCGAGCGGAUGCUGACGCGCCAGUUCAUCGCAGCCUUAGCAGGGAGCGGAACUGAAGCCGAGAUAAUACUUUGGCGCUGGCGGGGUCUUGGAUGCGAUUAGCCUGGGAUAAAGCUAAUAAAUAGGUACACAACUAGGUUGAAUCUAUAAAGUUGGUUCUUCGGUUCGCAAGUAGACUGAGUAGAUGGACUCAUGUAAAAGGUGCAAAGACCGGGGCUUGGCAUAACGGGCAACGAGACAACUUACGAGACGACUAAUCGUAAUUCAAAGUCUAAAUGCAAAUUGAUCAUAUAAUCAAAAAAACAUUUUACCCUCA